AUGUCUGGGACGUCUACGGGGCGCAGUUCCCCCAGCGAUUUGUCUUCGUCUGCUGUGAAGUCCUCUUUUGGGUCUUCAACCGGACUAAAUGGCGCCGCAGGGUCAAUUGGAAGCGCAAGGCUAGGGGCUGGCUCCCCUUCUCAUGACCUUGGUGCUCGCUUAUACUCGAAGAGGGCGCGAGAGAUCCAAGCAGAAGAAGGUGUUUCCCCAAGCAUCUGGGGCCCUCCCACUAGUGGCCAUUCCACCCCGCUACGUGAAAACAUUCCUGAAUCUCCAAGUCAAGAAGGGUUUCCCGAUCUGGUGCCGACUUCGGGCGGUGGAAUUAACAGCCCUGCCCGCAGAGCUAGAGCUGGUACUGUCCCAUCCAGGUUUUCGCCUGUUGGUGCGCUCAAUGAGGCGAACCUUCAGCAAUCCUUCAUACCCCAAACCUCGCGAUCCACACCAUCUACUAGCCCUUUUCGUCCUUCCGGCGUAUCUGGAGUUGACACGGUGGUAACAAAUGCAGCCACAGCUGGCCCACGGGGCACGGGAUCUUUAUCACGUCUUCGAGCUGGCUCCAUGCCACAAAGGACUAAUUAUUUGGGAUCUGCUAGCCCAUUCGGGCCGUCCUUAUUCUCCACGAGCUGGGCGGCCACUGGCCGCGACCGAGCAACAACCCUCACAAGCAUUCGAUCUUCUGAAGGACCCGCUUCUCCAAGCCACUCUUCCUUUUCUAGAGACGGUCUUGCGGAUACAGAUGUGAAGACUUUGGACUAUCUGGGCCUUGCCGAGACCCCGCAACAAGCACGUGCCAAUCUUGUGCGACCGUCGAUGGAUGUUCUUCUCCAGCACCAGCAGCAGCAGCAACAACAACAGCAGCAACAAGCAUCCACAUUACCGCCGUUACUUGCAGAACUAGCGAUGAUAAAUAAAAAUAAUAGAAUUCGAUCGUAUUCGGUGAAUGCUAAAGAGAAGUACGCAGAUGACGAGGAACUCGAAUAUGAAAGCCGCUACUCGCAAGCUCCCUCUGGCACUGUCACGCCGUCCGCAGCAGCAGCAGCAGCUCAGCUUGCUGCUACCCAGGCGCAGAUUCAUCAGCACAAUCUAGCCGUUCAGGCAUUUGCGAACCACGCGUCUGUCAAUCGGCCUCGGGCUAGGACAGCUGGUAUUUUGGAGGCACCGCCUCAGCGAUCAUCGAUUCGGAACUAUCUUGCUACCCCUUCGCGCCUUGAGAACAGCUUCAGUGCUGCGGAUCUGAAUAUCGCAGAAAGUGGCGAAUACGAGGACCUUUCGACAGGCAUACAAAUGAUUUCCCUUGGUGGAGGUGGUGUUUCAGACCUAGGAAUGCGGCCAGGUGCGGAUGUUAGCGAUGAGAACAAUCAGGAUGGACCGACACGCGCAUUGUGGAUCGGAAGUAUCCCAGUUUCUACUACUAUUACUUCAUUGGCAGCUAUCUUCAGCCGGUAUGGUAAGAUUGAGUCCACUCGUGUGUUGACUCACAAGAACUGCGGGUUUGUCAAUUUCGAGCGCAUUGAAAGUGCUAUCCAGGCAAAGUCGAUGCUCAACGGUACCGAAAUUUUCCCAGGUGCAGGUCCGGUUCGGAUUGGGUACGCGAAAGUUCCUGGUACCUCUGCGUCCGGUAACCCAGGGGCAAAUGGUCUCCAGUCUUGUCCUUCCCCAGACCCUAACACCAAGUUGACUGCCAUCGAUGGGAUGGAAAGAUCUGAGGACGGGGCCAGCGUUCCUCAAAUUUCUCCCCUCUCGGAGCUCCAGCCGGAGAUGGCUCAGAUUGUCAAGGAAUUUGGUGCUACCGACGAAGAUUCGUUGAAUAUCAAUGCUAGUAUUCAGCAAGCCAUUGCAUUCCAGGCCUUUGAAGAUGAAAUCCCUCCGAUCCCAGAGCCCAGCCAGAGCAGAAUGUUUGAUGCUCCGCGUCUCCGCGAUAUUCGGAAAAGAAUCGAUAAUGGGGCAUGUUCAAUUCAGGAAAUCGAGGAGACGGCAAUCGCAAUGCUUCCUGAAAUUGCAGAACUCUCUUCGGACUACCUAGGCAACACUGUUGUCCAGAAGCUCUUCGAGUAUUGCUCAGAGCCAACGAAGGAGCAGAUGCUCGUGCCCAUUGCACCUCAUCUUGCUGAGAUCGGCGUUCAUAAAAAUGGCACUUGGGCCGCUCAAAAGAUAAUUGAUGUUGCUCAGACACCAACACAGAAGAAGAUGAUCAUUGAUGCUCUUAGGCCAUAUACCGUUCCCCUAUUUCUUGACCAGUACGGAAAUUACGUUUUGCAGUGCUGCCUGCGGUUUGGUCCUGCAUUCAAUGACUUUAUUUUCGAGACCAUGUUAAGUAGAAUGUGGGAGGUUUCUCAAGGACGGUUUGGGGCUCGAGCAAUGAGGGCUUGCUUGGAGAGCCACCAUUCUACUAAAGACCAGCAGCGCAUGCUUGCAGCUGCUAUUGCCCUUCACAGUGUGCAGCUCGCGACAAAUGCUAAUGGCGCCUUGCUACUAACUUGGUUUUUGGACACAUGCACUUUCCCACACCGUCGAACUGUUCUUGCGCCAAGGCUGGUACCUCAUUUGGUGCAUCUCUGCACUCAUAAGGUUGCCUAUUUGACCGUACUGAAGGUCAUCAAUCAGCGUAACGAGCCUGAUGCCCGCGAAGUUGUAUUGAAGGCUCUGUUCUUCAGCCCGGGUGAUGAGGUAUUGGAGAAGAUACUAAGUGACCAAACAUCUGGAGCAACUCUGAUCUUUAAAGUCUUGACCACACCAUUCUUCGACGAGUCAAUGCGCGCAGAGGUUGUCAAAAUCAUAUCGAAGGUUCUUACCAAAUUGAAGGCCACUCCCAACCAAGGUUACAAACGUUUGAUGGACGAAGUUGGGCUAUCGUCUCGCGGAGGCGCUCGAGACAAUCAUCAUGGACGUGACCAUGGAACCAACUCGGAGAAGCAACACCGUCCCACCUCACGGCAGACAGCCUCCAACUAUUCUCAGCAACCCGCCAUGGAGAGGCAGUACAAUGGACAUUUCGCCCCAAGCAUACUCGCGCAGAAUUUGGACAGUGCUAGGCCCAUGGUGUCGGAACAGCCGACUUCACCGUUUGAUCCCUAUGCAGCGGAUGGAGUGAAUAGCCUUGGAUCUGCCGGCGCUAUUAACUCCUUGAAUGGGAUUGGCGGCAUAAACGGGGCCGGCUUUGGCCAAGAUCCGCUGAUGCCAUUGACUCAGCCACAAAUGCAGUACCCGACUUUUUUGGCUUCGCAGCCCAGGGGAGUCUCGCCUGGUGGCCUGUACCCGGCAUUGGGUAGCACCGGCUUUGGAUACUCUGCUGGUUCGCCCGCGGUGGAUAGCCUUCGCGGGGUGCAAGCCCCAGGAGCUCCUUUGUCGGGUGCUCCGGGCUCCAUGCUGAAUCAGCCUGGGUAUGCUCCUCAGCAGUUUAGUCCAGUCAUGGGAACAGCCCAAAUGUAUCAGUAUCCCCCCCAGUUCAGUUACCAGGCCCAGCCAGCCCCAGAACCCAAGACAGAUGUCGCACGGGCAAAGGUUCUAGAAAGAAUCUCAGGCCCCGAGCGGGUCUUCCAUGCCGAAGUCAUCGAACCUUUGGUGCGAACUGGACUGGAAGAGAUCAGACAGGGAGUUCAAGGUCGAUUUGACUGGUGUCUUGCACGGAAAGUCGUUAAAGAUAGCCCUCUUGGUGCAACACAUCUGGGGAAAAGGAGACGUGGUCAAAGUAGUUCUAUGAUGAUGGCGUGUUCUCCUGACGACUGUCACUUUGCUGAAAGGAUUCCCACUCCAGAUCAGGAUGUACGGGAAAAUUCAGAUGGUGGUUCACAUCCUCCCUUGAUUCUAUCUUCGUCGGGGAUGAAUAUGUUCGCGUCCAUCGAUGAGCUGCGUUGGGUCGUGGUUCGAAACACCUCGCCUGAAAUGGUGGGUCUGAGAAUCUGCUGCGCUGAAGGCACAGAGAACGUGUCCGAUACAAUUGAAGCUGAAAGCCAGCAUCAUCACAUGUUCACCGUGCCUCCGCUAUCCAACUUUUUAUUCUGUAAAUUGCCAAUAGCGCAAUCACCUCAAGACCCUCCAUCGGAUCCUAUUCCCGGCUUGUCUCGAGACCGGAAAUUUGAUCUGAUUCUUCUUGACCCUCCAUGGAACAACCGGUCUGUUCGUCGUAGUGGACAUUACCGUACCCAGUCAUACUUUGAAGGUAGCAGCCUCACUCGACAUCUCCAGGAUAUUAUUUCAAUUCAUCUGCAGAACCACCACACCGUGAAUCCCAAAACCGACAGAACAGCAAGAUCUAUUGUGGCGAUUUGGACCACCAAUUCUUCUAAAUCACGGAAAACCGCCUAUGACGCCCUGGAGGGAGCUGGUCUCUCCUUCUAUGAGGAAUGGGUAUGGAUUAAAACUACUACUUCGGGUGAACCAAUCACCCCGGUGGACGGUCUCUGGCGGAAACCAUACGAGAUUCUAAUCAUUGGGGAGAGGAUCAACCCCAGUGAUGGAAAUCGCUGUUCCCCUGUUAGAAGGACCAUCGCUGCCGUUCCGGAUGUUCAUUCCCGGAAGCCGAACUUGAGGGAGAUCUUUGAGAGAGUGUUCUACGGCGGUAGCUCUGGGAUUCCGUAUACUGCUUUGGAGGUGUUUGCGCGCAAUCUGACGGCUGGUUGGUGGGCUUGCGGGGAUGAGGUGCUGAAGUUCAAUGCCCGAGAGUGGUGGGUGGACGAGUCCGUUGCUUGA